AUGGAGGUUGACCGUAUUGAUAUGGUCCUUUUCAACGAUGCUCUCAUUCAUCUUGGAGCCAUCCACCGCAUUCUCCGCACAGACGCCGGACACGCUCUGCUUAUUGGAGUAAGCGGGUCAGGCAAGCAUUUACUGGCUCGGCUGGCAGCAUUUAUUGCAGGCAUGACCACCUACGAGAUCUCAGUGACGAGGGUCUACCGAGAGACAGAAUUUCGGGAAGACCUUAAACGUCUUUUCAAUCUAAUGUCUGAAAAACCUGAUAGUUUUGUAUUCCUACUUGGUGACGCACAGAUCACAGACGAAGGUAGGGCCUGUGGAUAUGUUGUUCAGCCACGGUAUAUGUAUUUGAUAAUAAAGUAA